AUCUCUUUGAGUAUUUACAUUAUUGUGUUCCGUUUUCAGUAGAUGAUUUCAUAAACUAGAAAUGCUAAAUCUUUGUCAUGCUGGCCGUGUUUACUCGGGCUGUUUUAUAUAACCAAAAUGAAAUAAGUUGAAACCCUUACAUACAGUGAAAUGGAAUUUGGAAGAGUUGUGUAGACUGAAGCUUUAGCUCUUGUACAGUGAACCUACUCUAAUUGUUCGGAUUAUAACUCAUAUAACUCGGUUACAACGAGUCAAAGACAUGUCUGGUGCAAGAAUUAAGUUUGACGAGAAACUACAGAAAGAACGGGAAAACUUUAUACAAUUGCUUUUUACCGUUCAAGGCCCGUGUACAUGGUGCUUAGAAAAAAUUAUUUUUAAGUACGUCCUAGAUUCGGGUUCAACACUGGAUAUAUUUUUGCAGUCAAAAAAACAAGAAAUUCUUCUUUGGAGAAUUGGACAACAGAGAAAACACGCUUUUUUCCCUCAAAAUGGAUCCGGCACGGAUUUGGAGACAUGGGAUGUACAGAUGUACUGGCUGAUAUUAACCAAAAUUGUACAAAAGGUGACGCCGACACAAAUAAAUGACAUAGAAAAUGUGAAAGUCAUUCGAAACAAACUAUGUCACCUGCCCAAUCCAAAGCUGAACGAGGGUGAUUUUAAUCUUUAUCACUCACAGCUUACGACAUUUAUCGACGAAACAGUUAAAUUGAUCUCAGAUGAAGCUUUCAAAACAAAAGUCAAAUGUGGUCUCAAAGAAAUAGAAUCUUUACUUCAGAACAAAAAUUUCCUGAAAGAAAUACAUGCAACUGUAAACCAUGUCAGCACAAACCAGUUACCAGAAAUGAAGAACAUGGUUCUGGAGGUCAAGGAACUCUUUUCCAGCCAUUUUCAUCGUGAUGAGUUAAAGGCACCAGCAGGGCACGUGUAUUACGCUUCGUAUUGCCGCUCCUAUUUACGAUCUAUGGAGUCAGUGCCCGGUUUAUGUAGGGAAAUAUUUCGGAAAUGGGAGCAUGUGAUGCGUCACAUUCUUGGAGUUUGGAACGGCAUUUCAAAUGUGCAAUUGUUAAAGCAGUUAGAUGCUGGUUUAGACGUGGGCCAAGAGUAACAAAGAAAUAGAGAGGAUGCGUCACGGCUUAUCUACGGAACAGAUGCGCACAAGGCCCGUUACUGUACAGAGUCGCGAACCAGACUAUCGAGAUUCAAAAAAAAGCAAACACAUGCUAAAAGUUUAUACAGCAAGCAAGCUAGUCUUACCAAGGGAGAGGCAGAGCAACCUUGGAAAUGAUACAAACGCGCAAAGUAUUGUAAUAGAGGCAAAACGGUCUAUAGUAAAACGCAGGCAAUUAGAACAGACUGAAAAAAUUGAAAAGCUGACAGCUGAGAAUUUGAGAUUGCUGGAUGAAAACUCAAAGAUGGCAGAGUGUCAUCAAAGGCAGGAAGCAACGAUUCAAGGUCUGAUGGAUGAAAAUUUUAAGAACAAAACAACUUGGGAAAUACUGUUUCUUGUAUUACUGGCUGCAUUUAUCCUGUCAUGUCUCUCUUGAAACUCCUGCAAGAACAUACAUAAGUAUCCACCCACCCGACACAAAAUGAUUCCAUCCAAAUCAAUUGAACGUGGUACAAUCUCUAGAGGAGGAUAUUAAGCGCCUGGGGGAUCCAGCUAAGAUCAUUCCUUUAGUCGGUCUUAACGUUGACGAAAUAGAUAAAUGGUACAAAACUAUUGAUGUACACAAUAAACAGUGGACUGAGGAUUACAGUAUGCUAGAAACUUCUCUCAGCAAAGGAUCAGACGAUUUCGAGAAAUACUUAGCGAAACACAAACCCAGCAAUCCAAAGAAAAAUAGUCAACUCUACAUCUAUGCAGCUGCCUGGGACCAUUCACAUUGGCGAACUGCAACUGCUAAGGACGGCACAAUAAUUGUAGAAAGUACGCACCUAUAACGGUACUUAACAUAUGUAUUCUAUGUUGCAUACCGUUGUCGUAAAACUCAUAACUUUUAAGGGCAAAUACCUUAAUCUCUUUUAAAAAAAUAUUCAAUAUAAUUGGACACCUAUAAUUUUAGAGGUUUGCUGUUUUAUAGUUUGUAUUAGUAUAGUUUGAAUUGUUGAUUUAUAUGCCAAUGUGUUUGAC